AUGCAAUAUUUAAAAGGGAAAACCAUCGCUACCUUAAAAUAUGACGACAAUUCCAGUGAAAAAAAUAAUGAAAACCCCCAAAAAUCCAGUUCAAACUUUAAAAUGUUACACACAAUUGGAGAAAAAUUUAGCUUAAAUGAUUUGUCUUAUAAUGAAAAAAAAGAAAAAAACAAAUUAAAAACUAAGCCAUCGCAUAGCAACCAAAAAAAUAUUGUGAAUAAAAAUCCGUUUAAUGAAACAACCUCGAAUAAAAUAAAAAAGGAAUAUGAUAGAAUGAAUGAUACAAUUUUGAAGAACAAACUUUCUGAUAAAUUAUCGAGUCAGCACUCUGAUGAUGAUUCAAAAAGUUUGAUUUCUGAAUUAGAAGAAAAAAAAAAGGAGAAAAACAAUUUAGAAAAUGAUACAGAGAGUGAAAAUAAUGAAUAUGUAGUAAAACAGUCAAACAAUAGUAUGGAUAGUAGUGAAAAUGGGUCAGGAAAAAGAAAUGAUAAAAAUAAAAGCAAAGAUGCCGAAAGUGAGGAAGAAAGCACAAGUGUAUUAGGUAUAGAACAAAAGGAAAGUAUUAAAAAAAAAAGGGAAUCCGUUUUUGAAAGACUAUAUACAAGUAAUAAAUUCGAUUAUAAUAAGAAAAAAUCUUUGGAUCCAAAGUUAAAAAAACAGUUUACUGAAAAUAUAUAUUCAGUAAUGGAAAAUGAUAAAGGUAGAAUUAAACCUAAAAAGUCAUUUAGUAUACGGGUUGAUAAAAAUGUAACAUAUUCUUCAUUUAUACCAUAUAAUAAAGCAAGAAAGGAAAACUUGGAAAAAAAACUAAAUAUAAUGAGAGCGAAAUCACAUGUUUUUAAAAUUGCUGAGAUGUAUAUGAAUAGUGAUAAAUUAAAAUCAUUGAAGAUGAUAGAAAAGGGGAAUACACAAUCAUUUGAUAAGAGUAAAAAAAAAAUAGGUUUAAAAAAAAUGCAAACAUCUGAUCCGUUUUUUUUAUUACAUAAAAACUUAGAAGAAAACAACAAGCAAUUCAAGAAAGUUGUUAAUGAUACUCCAAAUGAUUCAAAAAGAAAAUCAAUGAGAGAUGAUAAACUUAAUAAUAAUAUAAAAAGUAAGGUAGAAAAUAAAACAAAUGUAAAAAAAUUUAAUUAUGAUAAAUAUAUUAAGUUAAGAAAAUAUGUAAGUAUUAAAAAUAAGACAAAGAUGAUAUUACCAAAGAAGUUUCACAAAGACAAUCUUCAUGGAUUUAGAUUAUUUGAUAAUAUGAUUGGAAUAAAUAAUUUGGGGAAAUUAUAUUUUUGGAAUGGUUAUAAAUGGAAAAAUAUAAAUAUAUUUUAUGAACAUUUUAUAUCAGCAUGUACUAAUAAAAACGGACAAAUAAUUUGUAUAAAUAAUAAUUAUAAACCUGGAUAUUUAUUAAUGAACAAAUCAUUUAAAAAAAUAGACACAUGUAUAGAAGAAUUCUUUUUUAAAAUAGCUAUUAGUAAUAAAAAUAAAAUAUGGGGUAUAAAUUUAAGAGGGGAUUUACAAAAAUGGUAUUUAUAUCAAUGGAUUGUUAUCAAAAAAGCAUAUGGUAUUUCUAAAUUAAAAUCGUUAGCAUUUGAUAGGAAUAAUAAGCUUUGGGUUUUAGAUCAAAAAAAUUAUUUUUAUAUCUACGAUACAGAAUAUAAAAACUGGAUGCUUAGAAAUGUGAAUGGAGCUAAUAUUAAGGAUUUCGAUUUUAAUGAAGAUAAUUUAUUAAUUGCUGUAACAAAUGAUGGGGUUAUUAAAAUUUUCAAAAACAAUCGAUGGAUAAAAUAUGGUAUAUUGGCUGAAAUGAAAAUAGCUAGUCUUCAUUUUCUACGGAAUGCAAAGCGACCUCAAACAAUGGAAGUCACAAAACCUAAGGAAGAUGGUGUAACUAAAUAG